AUGCUCCUAGCAUCCAGAGUCGCUAUCCCACAACGACAAUUCACAGCAGGGGCACGAUUUCUGGAAGGUUAUGUUCAAACACCCAGCUCAGAGGCGGAACGUGCACGGUCGCUCGCUCUACUCAUGCUUCCCAAACGAGCUACAAAAUCGGAAAUCGAAGCGUUCCUUCAAAAGGCGGGGGUUGACAUCAAGAGGAUGCAACUAAGGCUUGACCGUUUCACCUUUCACAACGACACAAUAUGUUUCGUGGAGCUGGCAAACGAGAAACAGGCCCAGGACGCUGCAAACCGUUUGAAUGGAAAGAUCCUCCUAGAGAAAUCAGUCACUGUCUCGACGCCUCUCAAGGAUGGCUUUGUUUGGAAACAAGGCUGGCAGCCAGACUCUGAGACGAGUGGGAGUCGAUACUUCCUACAUGAAGAUGAUGCAGCUCCGCAUGAGGCCAUCAAGCCUCUUCUUGAAGGCCGCCGCGUAAUGUUCUCCGUGAUGACUCCGGGUUGGGGCGACGGGAUAACCAGCACCCGCCAAAAAGCGUCACGGGAGAUCCUCCAUAAACAUCUCGACAAGUACGGAAUCGAAGCUAUCAGCGGCCUGUCUCCUUUCCUCGGCGACAAAAGGCCAAGUCCCCGUCUGCUAUGCUUCAUCGACUUCGAGACCAAGGAAGGUGCCACUUCUGCCAUGGAGGCUCUCCACGAGACCGAAAUCGAAGGUCGGAAAGUGUGGAUUAAACCGUCAGAGAUAGCACCCUGGAGAGCGCAUCACUUUGGAAAGGUGAACCAAUCUGUGCUUGCUACCCUUCAGGAGAAGGGACUUGCGCCCCAGGAGCUUAAUGAAGACCUGUUUAUCAAGCAAAAGUCUCAAGGCAAGACAAAUGACACUAAAACUCGCAAGCCCAAGCGGAAGCCCAAAGUGCAAGUUGAGAAGGUUGAAUAG